AUGAAAGAACAAGGCAUCGAAACCUCCAUCACCCGUCAAGCGGCUGAUCCGCAAGCAUUCUUCCGAAGCUCCGACUGGGCACAGAAGUCGGCGGAGGCAAAGGCGCCCAAGGUCCUAAAGAUGGGGGAUCACACUACAGCGGUGCGCAUUCAAGCAUUGGCGCUGGCUGAGGCCAGUAUUUCCUAUGAGAGAAUCCAAGAGAUUACCGGAAUGGACCCGAAGGUCAUGGCGGGACUGCGAAGACUCGCCCGCGAACGCGGCUACGACCCUAAUGUUUCCAUGCAACUCAAGGAAGAGUAUGUGCUAGAUCCACCAAACACCUCCCGCCCUCGUGGCCGACCAAAGAAGAGAAAGCCAGAAGACGAAGUCGAUCCCGCCCUCACCAACAUGUCCGAUGGCGCGCAAACCACCCCACCGACCUUCAACACUCCCAAUCGCGGCAACUUGCCUCCUGGUCAAUGGGACUUUAUGGCGCCUACUCCAACCGGCUACACAAUGACUUAG